AUGCUCAACGAUGCUACGCUACAUAAGCAAAUUCUUGCAGGAUUUCAAAGAGAGCCAACAGUCGAUGACAAAUACGGUGUCCACUUCAAAUACGAAGAUCUGUUUUCUCGUCUUAUGGCAGUUAAGAUCGAAAGAGAAGGCAAGGCAAAAGCUUUGAUUAGAAGACGGUCUCUCCCAAAGCAAGCCAGAUACAAUAAAUAUUUCGAUUUAGACAUUAAACAAAAUGAGGCACUUACUGAAAGAACAGUGCAUCAAGAGCUUAACCACCAAAAAAAUAGAAAAUCACUAGCGUCAUUAAAAUAUGGAAUUCUUCAGCAAAAGCAGCAAGAAAAUGUAAAAAGAAGUCUUUCCCCAUAUAGGCAGCCUGAUAAUGCAAACUUGGAUGCCAGAAAUAGACCGAAAAAUCCAUAUGAGAAGAGAAUCAAGUCUAGAGCAAAAUCUUCAAUUGAACAAAAAGAGAAAAUCGAAAGAUUAGACAAUUUUCAUCGUAAACUUAUUAAAAACUAA